CUCGCGCACGCCUAGACUUGGGAGUUGUAGUACGAGUCCGGUCAGGGUUGCAACUAUGGCGGUGACCAAGGAGCUCUUACAGAUGGACUUGUACGCGCUGCUAGGUAUUGAGGAGAAGGCAGCGGACAAGGAGGUGAAAAAGGCAUAUAGACAGAAGGCCCUCUCCUGCCACCCCGACAAAAAUCCAGAUAAUCCCAGAGCAGCUGAACUCUUCCACCAGCUUUCUCAGGCCUUGGAGGUACUGACCGAUGCUGCAGCCAGGGCCGCGUAUGACAAGGUCAGGAAAGCCAAGAAGCAGGCAGCAGAGAGGACCCAGAAACUAGAUGAGCGAAGGAAGAAAGUAAAGCUUGACCUGGAGGCCCGGGAGCGGCAGGCUCAGGCCCAGGGCAGUGAGGAGGAGGAGGAGAGCCGGAGCACCAGGACACUAGAGCAGGAGAUCGAACGCCUGCGAGAGGAGGGUUCCCGGCAGCUGGAGGAACAGCAGAGGCUGAUCCAGGAACAGAUACGCCAGGAACGGGAGCAGAGGUUGAGAGGAAAGGCAGACCCUGAAAGCAAAGAAACUCCUAAGCUAAAGCUCAAGUGGAAGUGCAAGGAGGAUGGGUCAGACGGUGGCUACCCCAGAGAUGUCCUCCUGCGGCUUUUUCAGAAGUACGGAGAGGUGCUCAACCUCGUGCUUUCCAGAAAGAAGGCAGGCACCGCCGUGGUGGAGUUUGCAACCGUGAAGGCUGCGGAGCUGGCUGUGCAGAAUGAAGUGGGUCUGGUCGAUAACCCCCUGAAGAUUUCCUGGUUGGAGGGACGGCCCCAGGGCAGGGACGGCCCCCGCCACCCAGGACUGGCACAGAGUGCACCAGUUCGGCAUGCCACAGGACAGGGCUCCCCACCUUUGCCUGCUCUGCAGCCCCAGUCUGGCUCGCUUCUGCGCCCCACUGCCCACAGUUCCAGCUGCCUCAAGGGAGGAAGUGAUUUCAUUCCCACUGCAGACCUUAUCAGGGUGUGGGGUUGGCCACUCAGGGCUCGUGGCACUGUACAGCUGCCUCUCCACCCCUCAGCCUAGGCCCAUUGAGGUGGUUGUUUA